AACUUUGUAUUCCGGGAUGAUCAUUUUUUUUUUUCUAAUAUUUUUUUGUGUUAAACAUCAGAAUAAGCUUUACUUUGCUUCGUUCAAUUUCUUUGCAUACAAGUCGAAAAAAUUUUGUUUUUUUUAGUAUAUCUUUCGAAAUUGUCAAGAAAAUAUCUGGAAUGCCUCACGAUGUGAAUGUAUAUGGAACAUCAUCUAGCAGUCAAUCUGAAAGAUCAAUUAACAAUUCAAAUGGUAAUGAGUCUUUCGAAAAUCAAAAUGGUUCAAAAUUAACUAUACAAGUUUUCAAUCGUUUUCAUAUUCAAAUAGAAUUAGUACAUAUUGAAGAUUUUCCUAAUGAAUCACCGAAACGAUAUGACAAAAUUUGUUCACAAUGGAAUAGUGAAGAAUUUAAGGACUGUAUUUCAGUUUCAAGCAAUAUUGAACAAACGUCUAUUCUAGAAAGCCAACGAGCAGUUCCACAUUUUGUACAGACACAAACAAACCCACUUCAUGAUGGACCUUGCAAUUAUGCUCGUGGAUUGCCAGUCAUCAGAGCAUCAACAACAGAUGAAAAUAAUGAUUAA